AUGGCGGCAGCUGACCAAGAAGAUACAAAAGCUGUGUCUACUGCCCCACCGUUAGAAGAUUUUGUACCUGUUCCACCAACUAUUAAAUUCUAUAACUACCAGAGACUGAAUAAUACUUCAAAGAAUCUCAGAAAGCUUCACGAGGAAAUGAUGAACUACAAACCAUCAGAUAAUCCAACAACGGUACUCAAAUACCAUAAAAAGCAAGCACCUACUGAAGAAUUUACAGAAGAAAAUGAUAAUACUCAACCAGAACAAAUAGAUUCAGUUUCAUCUGAUAUUCUAGAAUGCAUCCCACCUUUUGCUCCAGCGUUUGAAGAAAAAAUUGAACUCGAAAAUCCAGAAUUAAAGAAGAUUUUACGCGAACAGGCUAUUGACAGAUUUAAUACUGCCGAAGAAUACCAAAAGCAAGAAACAAUACUAUUGUCAAACUAUUACGAUGCUCAAAUUCGUGAAAAUGUACAGAAAAAUGAUCAAGUUGAUAAAAGACCAAUUUCGGACGCCUUGAGGUACUUAUCAAAGAGAAUUUCCUACCCAUCUGAAUAUACAGUACAAAGAUUUUACAAAUAUAACUUCCGUUACGAAAAAAUAUCUAAAAAACAUAAAAAGGCCCUCGGACAGCUCCAUGCAACCCAGGAUCAACGAACAGAGUGUCUAUACCAAAGCCAAAUCCAAGAAAUCGUAUCUUUUGGAGAAUACAAUAAAAUUGAAUUACCUGAAUUCAAGAUUCAAAAAUUACCCGUUAAUACAAUAACCGAAUGA